AUGUACACCAAAGAUUACGAGCAGAAGAUGACUGAGCUCGUCAAAGACCAUAACACGUAUGAGAAGCUAACAAAAGAUCCCACAACCCGGUUUAAAAACAAAUCAAAUGAUUUCGUGAACCGUCUCUUCAAGCUAAAUCUAAUUGAUAAACGGACUAAAAGACUUCUGUACACCUCCGACUCAGUUUGCCCCAGGAUUUAUGGUCAGCCGAAAGCUCACAAACAAAAUCUUCCUCUCAGGCCCGUCAUACCAAACGUAACAGCACCGACCCACCGCAUAUCAAAGUUUUUAGCUAACAUACUACUCUCCUGCAAAGGGAAGUACAACAUCUCCAGCUCUUCCGCUUUCUGCGAAGAGAUAAACACGGUGGUUCUACCAGAAGGAUACAUCAUUGUCUCCCUUGACGUGGUGUCUCUCUUCACUAAUGUGCCCAGACACUUGGUCAUCAAAACAAUAAUAGAUCGAUGGGAUGAAAUCAUUACAGAAAUAAAUCUCGAUCUGUUCCUGGAGAUGAUUGAGUUUUGUAUGAGUUCGAGUUACUUCCAGUACAAAAACCAAACCUACAUACAAACAUUUGGAACAGCCAUGGGCAGCAGUCUCAGCCCCAUUCUUGCCGAUAUUUGCCUCGAAGGAAUAAUUGAUAGAGCACUCGCCCAACUACCCUUUUCAAUACCAAUCCUGAAGAAAUACGUCGACGAUCUAUUUCUAGCAAUCCCAUCAGACUCUGAACAACAAACUCUAGAAGCUUUUAAUGCACAGGAACCCAGAAUACAGUUCACCAUGGAAACAGAAGAAAACAACAGCUUACCAUAUCUCGACAUGACAGUUAUCAGACAAUCCAACCAGAAACUCAUCACCGAAUGGUACAAAAAAUCCAUAGCAUCGGGACGCAUGCUCAACUUCAAUUCAUGCCACCAACUCAAGCAUAAAGUCAACGUUGCCCGAAAUUUCAUUCACAGAGUCAUCUCUCUCUCUCACGAAAUCCAUCCAACCAAAACCCGAAAGAAAUCAUUCACGAAAUCCUGCAAAUGA